AUGGCCGACGUCGUUGCUGCCUCCCCCGAUGCGGUCGAGCACAAGUACCAGUUCAACGUGAGCAUGUCGUGCGGCGGCUGCUCGGGCGCCGUAGACCGCGUGCUCAAGAAGCUCGAGGGCGUCAAGUCGUACGAGGUCUCGCUCGAAUCGCAGACGGCCACAGUCGUUGCCGAGGAGUCGCUGACCUACGAGAAGGUGCUGCGCACCAUCAAGAAGACGGGGAAGAAGGUCAACAGCGGCGAGGCCGACGGCGUCGAGAAGAGCGUGGAACUGCCGGCUGAGGAGCAGUAA